GAGCGAGGCCAUUUUAUAUUGCUGUGGAGAUUGAGAAGAGUUGUUGUAUGCUGGAGUGUCAUUGCCGCGAUGCCGACGAAACGCUGUUAUUUUCAUCCGGAUUGCAGGUCCACUUUGUUCAGCCUUCCUAGGGACGGGGAAGUUAGGGAUCAAUGGUUAAAAUUUAUUUUUAACUCGGUCCCUCAAAAUUAUUACCCAAAUCUUGCUCUCUGUGCUGCUCAUUUUACGGAGGAAAGCUUCCACAAUCUUUGCGAGUUCAAUGCAGGAUUCGCCCAACGGCUUGUCCUGAAAGAUGGAGCAGUUCCAACUUUAAAAACAGAAGCUGUUUACGGGCCACAACCUACAACAUCUCAGCAGGGUUCGAGUUCCCAAGAGCUCCCCACUACAUCUACACUUCAUGAAGUUGGAUGUCAGUCAGACCCUAUAGAGACCGAAACUGUAGCCAUAGAGAUAAAGCCAAAGAUGCGAUCAUUGGGCACACAACUUUCAAUGGGUACAUUGAGCAGUUUCCACUUAAGGAGCAAAGGCAUUCAGGCAACAUAUUAUGGUCAUGAUGUGGGCACCCAAACAACUGAGAUGUUUCCUGAUCUGUCUUCAACACCAGUAAGGGGCUCAGUCUUCAGGCCCAGUAAGAGACCUCAUCUGGUGUUAGAUGAGGAAGAAGAAUCAGAAUUAAAUGUCGAACCCACCAAUUCCACAUAUAACCCAGAUUCUGUUGUUACUGAAGAAUCAGAAUUGGCGAUAGAUCCACAGCCCGACCACAGCGAUAACAAAUACAUUGUUUUUGAAAGCUGUCUUCGAGAGCUGUUUGUGUCCUGUCCAAUUUGUAAGACAAAGUGUGUUGUCCAGAUCAGACGAAGGGGGACUUUUGUUGCAUUCACCCAGCUUUGUGAAAAGUGUAACUACUACAGACAGUGGCAGAGCCAGCCCAUUGUAGGGAGUACCCCACUUGGAAACCUGCUAUUGUCUGCUGCAACGUAUUUUACCGGUGGAUCUUUUAAACAACUAGAGAAGGUAUUACAAUUACAAUAAAAUUCACAAAAAACUACUGUGUUGUUUCAGUAUGUAUGUACUGUAUGAUUUCUAUGUUAAUAGAUUUUCAAGGCCAUGAAG